AUGGAAUAUACACGGGAUGUCGAUGGGUUCACCGUGCCGCCAAUACCGGUGUCGACCGGAUCUCGGCCACAAGAAAAUAUAGAUUUCGCGUCGGUGGCUCCGUCAGAUGCCACCAGGUUUACCAGAAGCUCGUCACGAGCUUCUGGAAGAAGCCUUGUCGAGAAUCCUCGUUACCGGGACAUGAGCUUGUUUAUAAACCACAUUUACAUGCGCUCUUUCCGCGAGGAGUUCCCGAAACAUAUUGUUGAUCUCAUUAAUCGUUUGCGAAGAGAUCGCGACUCUCCAGGCCCCUCACAAGAUCAGUUGUGGCAAGAUACUACUUUAGAAGAACUUGUUAUGGGUGUUGCGGAACCCGAACCCCUCAAUCGUGCCAACAGACAGCCAAUGGUCCGACACGCUGUCCCUAAUGUCGGGUCCAACCUCAAAGUCAGUACGCCAGUGCCUAAUAUGCUUUAUGGCUAUAACCGCUCACAAGCCUUUCCUCAGCAAGAGGCCCAACUGAUCUCCAUGGGGACUGAAAUGAUAGCCAACAAUCAGCCUGAAGGUUUACUAUACCCUUUCUUUGCUAUCGAAUUCGAGGGCGAUAGUGGGAGUAUGUGGGUGGCGACAAAUCAAUGCUUGGGAGCUUCAGCAUCCUGUGUUAAGAUUGCUGAAAGCCUUAACAACCGACUGAGGAAUUUCCAGAGCGAUGAGAUCCAGUUAAUUGACAGUGCCGCAUUUAGCAUGGCUACGAAUGGGUCAGAGGCACGACUUUACAUCUCGUGGAAGCAGAACGAAGUUGAUUAUUAUAUUUUCUUACUUCAGGACCCUGGGCAUUAUCUUGAGCUCCGCAAGUACGUCCGGAACAUCAUAUACUGGGGCAAGGGCGAUCGAUUAAACGGGAUUCGAAAGUCCCUGGACGCCCUUCUCAGCGGCAUGAAGUGUAAGCCUUCGACGCGUAGAAGCCGCAGCAAAUCAAAUCUCAUGCAAGGACAAAGCGACGAAGCUGAGGAGUAUUGGGGUUGGGACGACACAUACGAACGAUAG